GAAGGUUCUGAUGACGAAGAGAUAUAUGUCACAAUCAAUAUAAUUACCUCCAAUAAUCAAUGCUUCCCAUCAAAAUUUCUGCUUACGUAUUGCUGAAAGCAAUUUUAAAUGGACCAAAUCCAUUUUGUUGAAACGAGAGUGAUGUUAAGCUGUUUGGGAUACGGAAUGAUAACGUUCGGAUUUUCAAACUAACUGUGUUUGUUUUGUGGCAUCAUAUGUGUUAGUUUUAUCCUUUUUUUACUUUUGCCAUUUGAUGGCGGGUGACUCAGCUGAUCAAGGUCAGGGCGACGCACAGCUGGUCCAGGAGGUUGAGUGCCUGAAAAGAAAGCUUGAGGACGAGCGUAAUAAGCUUUCUGAUGAAGACCUUGUCACAGCUAGUCAGCAUCUAGAUGCAGUACCAUCUUUAAACAUUCGAAUACGACGAGUACUGAAAGGUCAUCAGGGCAAAGUAUUGAGCCUCUCGUGGUCUUUAGAUAAACGGCACAUAGUAAGCUCUUCACAGGAUGGAAAAAUUCUAGUUUGGGAUGGUUUUACGACAUCUAAAGUAUCGGUCAUAUCAAGAUUUUUACCAAAUUUGUAGGAAUACUCCAUAUCAAUGCCUACCACCUGGGUAAUGUCUUGUGCAUACAGUCCUUCCGGAGGUUUCAUCGCUUGUGGUGGGCUUGACAAUAAAUGCACUGUUUAUCCACUUCUUUCGGAAGAGGACCCCAUCCUUAAAAAAAAGCUUGUAGCAACACAUACAUCAUACUUGUCUUGCUGUUUAUUUAACAUAUCUGAUCACCAGCUUCUUACAGGGAGUGGAGAUAGUUCGUGUGUCUUAUGGGAUGUUGAAUAUGCACAAAUAAUACAAAGUUUCUAUGGUCAUUCUGCGGACGUGCUGAGCAUUGCACUAUCACCAUCAGAAUUCGGGAGGACAUUUGUUUCUGGGGGAUGUGACAGGUGUGCUAACGUCUGGGAUAUGCGUACAGGACAGUGUGUUCAGGUAUUCCAAGGUCAUGACUCUGAUGUCAACAGUGUCAGGUUUUUCCCUAGUGGUGAUGCAUUUGCUACAGGCUCAGAUGAUGCAACCAUCAGAUUAUUUGAUCUGCGCGCUGACCGUGAAGUUUGUGUAUACAAGAAGGAUAGUGUCAUUUUCGCAUGCAAUGCAGUUGACUUCUCUCUAAGUGGUCGCCUAUUGUUUGGUGGUUAUAGUGAUCAUGCCGUGAAUAUCUGGGACGUACUCAAAGGUCAACGUAUUAAUAUCCUCUAUUGUCAUGAAAAUCGUAUUUCAGCCCUACGUGUCAGCCCAGAUGGAACAGCUAUAUGUACUGGAAGCUGGGACACAACUUUACAGAUUUGGGCGUGAAAAUUUCUUUGUUCAUUUUUUUACGGAAAAGUUUCAUGAACCCAUGAACUCAUUGAAUAAUAUACAUUCGUGUUACCUGACAUCUUCAUAUAUUGACUUACUUUAUUCUUGCAUUUAUUAGAAUAAACAUGGAUCUUUAUUUAUUUCAAAUAUUUCCUCCCCCCCCUCAUUAUUUGUUCACAUUUUUGAAACUCUUUACAUGUAAUAAUUUACUUCUUAUUUUAUGCGUGUCAUUUUUUCUAUAUUCAUAUUCUAUUUAACUUCAUUAUUACUAGUUUUCUGUGUAUAUUAGAUAAACUUACGAUAUUGCAUAAUGCAUAAAUUUGUUAAAAUGCAGCAUCUUUAUUUUGUUUUAUGAUUGUGAAGACAUACAUUAAUUACGAAUAGUUAAAGUUUGCUUAUUUUCGGAAUGGACAUUCAAUAAUUUGGGCGUCUAUGUGUUAAUUCAUAUGAAACCUUUUAUUUUCACUUCUAUUAUUAUUAUUAUUAUUAUUAUUAUUAUUAUUAUUAUUAUUAUUAUUAUUAUU